CCGAAGCGAAGAGACAUAUUUAGAACCAUGAAGACGAGUUUGCUGUUAGCUUUUCUGAUGGUGGUGACAUUGAACCUGGUGGUGGCCGAAGGUGACGAUGGCUACCUGUAUGGAGGCCCCUCCGGUGAUCAGCUACAGGAGAUCUCCGCAGUGAACCGUCCUAGAAAGCACCGCCUGAAUCCCCGUGUCUAUCCCCAGCCACUGUCCCAGGCCUGUGGAGAUGAGGAUGCAGAAUCCCAUGCAGCUGCCGUGGCCACCUACCAUGCCAGCCGCCCUCAGCCGCGUCGUAUUUCCCACCACAAGGAAGUCGUGGUGGAUCCCUCGUUCUUUGAACCUUCGGCUGAGCGGAUCGAGGAACUCCGCCGGUUUGCUUUGGAUCAGUAA